AUUUCAGAGGCGCCAGCCUACGCUCUCGUUGCACGGAUGACUCCAAUCCUCUUCCCGGUUAAAGGAAGAGGAGCGGACCCACAUCCGAGCACAUGUAGCGGUGUCUGGGUCCAACAUGGCCAUGACAUCACGAUCGUGCAACGGAGAGCGAAAAAUGUUUUUAUUAUCAGAGGUUUUCCUCUUUUUCAACCUCCUGUAUGUUACUUUGAAUAGGUUCAGUACAGUGGUGGCGCCAGAAUUUUUUUCCUGCAGGUGCUAAGGGGGAGCUAAGCAUUUUACUGAGGAUGCUAUGACGGAUCUUUUAUGAAUGUUAAUCUUCUUACCUUGUAUAAAGUGUUCGCUGUAAAUCCGCGGUUACACCGAGAGCUGCCAGUCAUUAUGAUUGACUGCUGCUAUCCAUCACCGCAUCAUUCCUUAUUAAAAUAAAAUGUCAUAAAAUAAAAUGACAAGCUUGGUUUUGACUGUUUGUGCAACUGACCGCGCAGCAUCUUGUGACCAUUUUACUGCGAAAUCUACUAAAUAAAAGCCAUAUUAGGCUACCACAUGUACGCAUUUUGACAGGCUUUAUACAGGAGAGCAUAGGUUUGGAUAUCUAUCGUGGUGGAGAGUGACGUCAGGUGCAAAGGGUCAUAUUGUCAUAUUUGUUUUGUUUUUUUAAUCAAUUUGUGUUUAUUUAAUUGCUUAAUUAACCGCUACAGGACUUGAUUUGAUUAUCACUAUUAUGAUAAAAAAAAUUUAUGCUUACAACCGGUUACCUUUGUGCUGACUUGCUAUGAUAAACACUGUCAGUAUGGUUGAAGUUAAUACUCUUUCUGACAAAUUGCGACCGCGGAUUGGUGAGUGGCUGACAAAUACCCUGGAAUGAUUGGGGGAGGAUUGCUCCACGUCUGCAUGGGGGCGGAGCCGGCAUCAUGUGAAAAUACGCAUAGACAAAGUUCAAAUCCUCUUGCGGGAUGGUUUUUUAAAAAUUAUUUUUAAACUCAGCAUAUAAUUAUUUGUUUUUAUUUUGUGUCUUUUGAUGAAAAUGCCGCAGCAACUACAUAUAAUUAAUGUUAAAUCAGAUGAAAAAAAACAACAAAAAAAACAUUUAAAUCUAAUAUUUUCUGGGAGUGUUAAGGGGGUGCUAUGACUUUUCCAGGGGGAGCUAUAGCACCCCCUAGCGCACCCCUGGCGCCGCCACUGGCUCAGUAUCCCCAAGUCAUAUUGUUGGUCCGAGGUUUCUCAAAUAAAAAACAUAACAUUUUAAGCGUUGAAAAUGAGCGACCCCUGUCCCCAAAAUUAAACAGCAGCCAGUAAAAAGACCUUUUUAACUUUUCCUUUCUCUACCAUUUAGGAUUAAAAAUACUGUAAGCCCCAGAAUUAGUUUAAUUUUAUUUUAAGGUUGUUUAUUAUGUUUACUAGUGUUCUGCACUAGUAAACAUAAUAGUUUACUAGUUAUGUUUACUAGUAAAUAUAGUCGUUUAUUUAUUUAUUUCAGAUCCAUGGGUCGCACGAGUCCAGCUUAGUCCAGUCUGAGCUCUCCCUGAUCUACAGCAGCAGUCUGCACAGAGCUGCGGGGCGCAGACCGGGACAACGGAGGAGAUGCCUGGCCGGACCGAUGCAGACAUACCUGAAACAGGAGCCAUCUUCACAUUUGGGAAGAGCAGCUUUGCUAACGAUGUCCCCAGUCAGUUCUGGUUGAAAAAUGACCGUCCAGUGGAGAUAUGCGGUGGCAAAGAGCACAGUGCUGUGAUCACAGAAAAUGGGAGGCUGCUCAUGUUUGGUGGUAAUACUGGUGGCCAACUGGGACUUAAGAUAAAACCAGAUGCCAAAAAACCCACCUCUGUGAAAGCAUUGAAGCCUGAAAAGGUGAAGCUUGUGGCCUGUGGGAGAGAUCACACACUUGUCUGCACAUUUUCAGUUCAGCACUGCGUCUGUGGGGCUGGCAGGAACCAGAAGGGACAGCUCGGCUUGGGCCACAGGGAGAACACUAAAUCCUUUCAGCUGCUGCGUCCGUUUUGUGAGUCGGCACCGGUCAAAAUGCUCGCUGCUGGCAGCAGCACUUCAGCUGCCUUAACAGAGGAAGGGAGGCUGUUCAUGUGGGGAGACAACUGCGUGGGUCAAAUCGGUUUAGGGGACAAGGCGUUUGCAGCAGAACCUAGAGAGCUGAAUGUGGGGCAGGCGGUGAUGUGGGUAUCUUGUGGUCAUCGCCACUCAGCGUUUGUGACAGCGCACGGUGGACUUUACACCUUUGGUGAAAGUGCAAAUGGACGACUCGGGGUCCAGGUGGGGCAGCUGGCUAAUCACAGAGUGCCCCAGCAAGUGCAAGGCAUUAUGGGAAGUGUCAUUCAGGUGUGCUGUGGAGGGGAGCACACUGUGGCACUAACAGAGGAGGAUGUGUACACGUUUGGCAGAGGUCAGUACGGUCAGCUGGGCCACGGGACGUUUGAGUUUGAACUUCAUUUGCCAAAACCACUGGAGCGCUUCCACAACAGCAGCGCCAGACGCAUCGCCUGCGGAGAAAACCACACUGCUGUGAUUACAAAUGCUGGACUGCUCUACACAUUUGGUGAUGGCCGUUAUGGAAAACUGGGGUUACAGCAGGAGAACUUCAUCAACCAGUUCAGCCCAACACUGUGCACCCGUUUCCUGAAGUACAGCGUGCAAUCAGUGUCCUGCGGUGGUCACCACACUCUGGUUCUGGCUGUCCCCAGACCAGCAGCACAGAGUCAGGGCGUAGAGUCACAGAAGGAUGCCGCAAUUACAGACUUCUUCUGGGAGUCAGACAACCCUGAAAACCUCUUCAAAGACUCUCCGAUGGACCCAGCUGCAGUCGUCCCUCUCUCAGCGCUAGCCGCUCGGGCUCGCCACAGAAAAAAAAAAAGCUUUGUGGAGCUGUUUGGAGAGUUGCCUCAGACCCCCCCUCGUCCUAAUUCUGGCUUCCUCAGCACCUCCUGGCAGACAUCCAGAAAUAUCCCAAACCUGAAGCAGCUUCUAAAGGAUGCUCCCACCCCCACCUCCUCCCCCAAAGCGGCACCAGCAAGCCCGCUUUUAUCUCCCAGAUCUCAGUCCGUAUCCUCCAAGCCGCCAAGCCCACGUUCACAAUCAUCUCUCUCAUGUCGGAGUAAAGCCUCCACCGCCGUCUCCUCCAGGUCCAAAUCCAAAAGGCUGCCUUCUUCUGUAUCUUCGUCCACGUCUAGAGCUAAUCAUAACUCAAAGAGUCCUGCCUAUUCUGAAAAGACUGUGAGGAGCGCAGCAUGCAGAGCCUUAAAUGACAAGCCGUCUGAUGCAUUCCCACCUAACAAACCCUGCAGCCCUAACAGACCCCUCAUCCGUGUUUCUGAUAAUAACCUGGACCAGAAAGGACCACAAACAAAGGGAGAAGCUCGAAGGGGACAGCUAAUCUCUCAAGAAGUGGAAGAUGAGAGAAACCAUAUGGAUUUUUUGCCAUAUAUGGAAACCAGAACUGGGAGAGUUCAAAUUGCCAAAGAGCUAGAGGUUCGUGGAGACCAGAAGAGUGGCCAAAGCUCGCCCAAAGACCUCAGAGCAGAGGCUCUGACAGGCUCCAACUCCAGAAAGGAAGAAGAGUUGUCACUGAAAAGCAGGAAGAGAAAAGCACGAGUCACAUCUCAAGACCGUCAGAACAUUACCACCAGCAAAACAAAACCUCCAGAAGUAAAAGACGGCCAAAGCAAGCUCUAUAAGAUAAAAUCGACAAAACAUGACAAGAAAAAUGCAACAACACAACAACCUGUACCGAUAACAAUGACCAAAGUAAGUAAAAAAGGUGAAAAAGAUCAACUGACCGAGCACUCUUUUAAGAAAGAACUAAAAAUGACUCCAAAAAGAAGGAACAUAUCAUCUUCUUUAGACAAGAUCAGCUCAACUCUAAAGGUUACAGAUAAUAGGGAAAUAACCACUGAAAACAUCUCAAAGGAUGAUGCUGUGAUGCAGAAUAAAAGCACUGAUCUAAAAUCCGCUGAAGUGAAGAAGCAGCAGGACAAAAAACGACUCAACUUCACUCCAACAAAGAAAAAGGUUGAACGCACAUUGAGAAAUAUUCAAAACACAGCAGUGCCUUUAAAAUCACAAAAUCUUGAAGCUGCAGAAAUUACUAAGCCUCCUCAGGCUGUGGGUUUAAGUGUGAAAUCGACACAUGUCAAGGCGAUUAAACCCAAACCAGUCAAAAGUCAAAGCAAACAUGCAGAAAAACCUUCUGCUGUAGGUCAAAGCAUCAAAAAAGGUGACAAGGAUGGGUUAAUAUAUGCAAAAAGCACAACAGAUGAAACUGAAGGCAGAACGUCAGAAAAACAGAAUUUACUUGAAGAGAAGAAGAAAAAGAAGGAAGAAGAACCUAAAGUUAGACAGAGAAAAAGAGGGAAAGAAGACGGUGCUGAUGUGGACUCGGAACGUAACAGCAAAGCCAAACCCAGGAUUAAAACAACCGAGGCUCCCAGCCAGACCUCUUCACAUCAUGAAGAUGCUUCUGAAGUCUCGAGCAGUGCAGUUUCCUCACAAAGCCCCACAAGAACCAGGGCGCUUUCUGUCAGCAGAGCUAAAUCCUUGCAAUCCUCCGACCGUCCCACCGCGGAAACACUUGCACGUGAAACUCAAAGGAAAGAGAACGAAGACCUGCAGGAAGGAAAACAGACGUGGGGAGAGAUUUUGAGUGACGCGGCAUUUCUUCUACCUGCUGCGGGGGUCGCAGGUGCAGCUAUCGGCCUCCUGAGCGAGGCAGUGACUCAUGUGGAGGCUUUCCGGGCCGACAGCGACAGAGCUGCCUCUCCAGAACCUGAAACACCGAAAGUCAAACAGUUCGCAAAGCAGAGUGCAAUUAUGCACCCGUCCUUCUCUGCGACGUUGCAUUCUGAUUCAGAGGAAAGGGACGACAGCACACAGAAGGAUGCUCAAAUGAGCAUCUUAUCAGAUUUAGGAAACGAUGCACAUGAGGAGGAAUUCAAUGAUCCUUCAGAGCAGGAACCGGCUGAGCAGAUCAGGAAGGAAGAAACUUUUGAAAAUAAAGAAGGAGAAGAAGAAGGCUCUGAAGAGGACGAUGAUUCCAAGAUGACUGAGACAAACACCGGUGAUGAAGAGCAAAAAGAAGAUGAAGAAGCGUUGGGAAGUGACGUGGAAAGCAAAAGCGAGGAUGAGGAAGGAGAAAGCAGCAAGGCUGCAGGGGAGAGUGAACCUGGAGACGAUGACGAUGAUGAGCAAGAUAGUGAGUCAGAAGGAGAGGAGAGCGAGGGAAAAACAAGCUCCAGCGUUCAGGAGGAAGGUGAAGAAAGUAACAAAAGUGACACAAAGGAUGCUGAAAGUGAGGAAGAGGAGAGCAGCAUGGAAACGGGUGAAGGAGUGAGUCACUCUGAGGCGAGUGAGGCAGCCGAGGAGGACGAAGGUGGAAGUGAAGAGCAAAGUGAUGAUGAGAGUAAAGGAGAGGAAGAUAGUGAGGUGAGUGAGGAUGAAGAAGAAAAAAGCGGUGAAGGAUCCGAGAGAGAGCAUAGUGAGAGUGAAGAGGAGGAGGAUGAGGAAGAAGAAGAGGAGGGCGGGGAGGGAAGUGACACGGCGGUGUCUGAGGAAGAAGAAAGCGAGGAACCGAGGCAGUCUGAUGAAGAGCAGGAAACUGAGAAAGAGGAGAGUGGAGGAGAGGGGGAAGAAGUCAGUGAGGAAGAGGAGGAGGAAGGAGAGCUUUCUUCGAGUGACGAAGAAGCUGAACAGGAGGCUACAGAGGAUGAGGAGGAAGGAGAAGGGGAGAACAAAGAGGAGGAAAAUGAGGAAGAGGAACAGGGGAGCACAGGGAAUGAGGAAGAUGAAGGAACGGAUGAAGAGAGCAAAAGCGAGGAGGAAGAGCAAAGCAUGGAAGAAGAUGAGGAAGGAGCAGAGGAAAGUAUCUCUGCUUCUGAGGAAGAGGAAGAAAGUGAAGAUGACCAUGAAGAAGAAGAGGAAGGAACAGAGGGAAGUAUCUCUGCUUCUGAGGAAGAGGAAGCAAGUGAGGAAAAAGGAAAGGAGAGUGAGGAAGAGGAAGAAAUAGAUGAGGAGGAGGAGGAAGAAGAAGAAGCAGAGGAAGAGGAGGAGGAAGAAGAUGGAAAUCAAGAACAAGAUGAAGAAGAGGAGGAAGAAGAAGAACAAACAGAAAAAGUAGAAGAGGAAGAGGAGGAGGAGGAAGAACAAAUGGAAGAAGAUGAGGAAGAGGAGGAAGAAGAGGAGGAGGAAAAAGAGGGUGAAGAAGAAGAAGAAGAAGAUGAGGAAGAAGAUGAGGAAGAAGUGCAAGAGACGGCAAAGAAACAGAAGAAAAGAGAGAAAUCAACAGGCUCAAAGGGGGCGGAGCCACCGUCUUCUUCUUCUUCUCCUCCUUCAGGGAAACGGAGAGAAGCUCCCAGACCCGCUCCGAGGAGCAAACAGAGAGACGCAGAGGAGAAGAAACCAGAAGAAUCCAAGCAGUUCUGGAACGACGUUCUGCCUCAGUACCUGGACCUGCAGUGACUCCUCCUGCCUCAUCUACAGAUACUGUUGCCAUGGUGAUACAUACUGGUUUCUGAACUGGGGCUUCCAUGCCUUAAGGUGGACACUCGUCUGUGGCCAUCUUGGACUUUCACAUUCUAGAAGAGAGGCAGGAAAUAGUUUGUUUUUUUUUUUAAUGAGGAAAGUUGAUACUUUUUGAACAUGUUCUGUUGCUGCCUCCUGCUGGACAUCAGUAUUGUUGCACUUUAAUAAUGCGCAAAUACAUUGAGUCAAUAAUUACCCUCAUUGCGAGUCAAACUCAAUCAGUUGCAGUUGCUGGUGUUACACUAGAUGACAUAUCCAGGAAAACAGUAAAAUCAAGCAAUACAUCACACAAUACAUCAGAUUGUGCCUGGUUGUCGAGCAUUGCUUAAGUUUUCUCUCAAUGACUCACAAUAUCAUAGAAAAGUCAGCAUAUUUCAGCAAUUUGAUUCAAAGGGGAAAACAUAAAACAUAAAUUUAUUACACAUUAGCCUUUAUUUCUGCACAUUUUAAUAAUAAUUGAUCAGAUUUUCCUUCCACAUAACUUUCCAUGUUUAUGCUAGGACACAGAACAUUAUUAUAUAUUCUAUAUGAACAGAUAUUAUAAUACAUAUACUAAUAUUUAUUAUAAUAUAUUUUAUUUCUAAAUCGAAACUCUUUUUGUUCUUAUGUAACAUUCCAAGAACGUGAAUUUUGGGCUUUGGGUUAAUCCUCAACUUUAAGAAGUGAAUUCUUAAAAUGUCUCACUUUGUGUUAUGAAUCCAUAAUAUACUUGAAUUUAGCUUUUUUAAAUUAUAUUACUGAAGUAAAUGUACUUUUUAAAGAAAUUACAUUUAUUGAGAUGCACUUGUGAUGAAUAUUUGAUACUGUAGUCAGCACUAUGCUAUUUAAUGUAGGAUUGUCUCAAACUUAAUUCACUGCAAGAUGUUUCAGUAAGUGCAGUUGAAGUAAGUUCAGGUUAUUAAAGUGAAAGUUACUUUAUUUCUAAAUCCAAAAUAUUUGACAUAUGAAACACUAGUAUGGUUCCACUUUUCUGCUGCUAAAACCUCCACCAUUUCUAUUUUAUUUGCUGCUUUUACUGCUUGCUACUUCAAUUCAGUUAUAGUAAAGCAUUUAUAAUUAAAGAAUGGUGUAAGAAAAACAAAUCAGAGCUGUGUGUUUAUAAUAAAGCUACAAGGCCAAUUUCUGUAAAACAACAAUAAAGUUGUUUUCUGUUGCCUGAUUGCUUCUUGUAUACUCCUUCCGUUUCCAUCUGCUUGAUGUAGAGUUACUUUAGUGAGUCACUUUACUUUCCCUGCAUGAUUAGUCAUGUUCCUAUUGUUGAACGUUGUCUGAAGCUCAAGAAGCAGGCAGGUAAAGAAAAUGCAGUAAAAGAAGGAUCUUCAGAGGAAGCGAAUUUGUAAAAAAAAAAAAAAACAGCUGCGCACACCUUGACAGAAACAAAAAUACAAACUUGUCUCUGAAUAACAACCUCGUAAAUGUACUAAUUAUCAAUAAAAUGCACUUACGUUUUUGCAUGUACCGUGACAAAAUGCGACUGAUAUUGAAUGUGACAAGCGAUAUUUUUGCAAAGCACUCAGUCUGAAACUAAAAAGAGAAGCUGAAAUGGAUCCGCCUUUUGUCAUGCAGUUAAUUUCAAAAUUAUUCGUAUAUUUAGGCCUAAUGUACAGUAGGUCUUCACUGUGUUAUUUAAACAUGACAUAGUAAUAAUUUUGCUGAUUAUUGUGAGUUAACUUUCCCCUACUAACAGUGACCAAGAUGUAUUUCAGGUGUGGACAUGAAGGACAUAAUGUUAUUAGCAAGUAGGGAUUUUGUGCAUGACACCAGAAAUGUUCAAGCUUACCAAAAAUGCAUACUGUGCUCCUUUUUAAAUUGCAAUUUUCCAAACAAAAAUUGUGAUUUUAUACAUUGUGGAGUUCAAAUAUAAAGCAAUCCUUUAAUUCUGAGAACAUUUUUCUUUUGACUGGAAGUAAUGUUAACAUUUUGGAGUCCAGCCUUGUCAGUCUGUGAAGGAAGAAAAAAAGGAGAGAUUAUGAUGACAAGGUGGCAUUAUUAUACUGUAUAUACUAUAUGAACAGUUAUUAUAAUACAUAUACUAAUAUAUGUAUUAGGAGUUCUCCUUGUGUAAGCAUAAACUGUCAAAAUACCUGUGGAAAUGUUCAAAAAGUUGUUAAGCCAUUAAAAAGGGAGUUUAUUUUCCCCUGA